ACAUAUCACGGUUUCCAUUUGUGCUCACGUUUGCAGUGUCAGUUCAACACUUUGACGAAUCACAAACGAACGUCAUCUAAGGAUGGACAGAAGAGACAUAUUGCAAACGCCAUCGUCGCCGUCUCGUUCCACCAGAAGUUUGGAUCCUCCCCAUCCCAGAGACGGCUUACCGGCGCUUUCCACCUCUCCAAGGCGAAGAAAUAACCAGAAAUCUAUAUUCAGCGACAGGUACAUUCCGAAUCGGACUGGAGUAGAUCUUCAGGCUGCAUUCAGUUUAAGCAACAAGGAGAUUCUUCCCAAUUUACGCAACCGUGUUGAUAGAACAGAGGAUGAAAUAGAGCUCCAAAAAGAAGAAGAGGCCAACCGGACAUUUUCUACGGUGUUGAAAAACGAGCUAUUCGGUGAUAAUGUCCCCAUGGUUUCCACAUCCACGGCGCCCAAAAUCCUGAAACUGCGACCCAAUAGCACCGGAAAUUAUACGUCUGGCAAUGGGGGAGGACUUUUCAUGAACCAGUCUUCUUCUAGAUCCAGUGAUUCCAUUCCUAUUUCUGCAGCUAACACUCCAAUACUCAACCACGGCGGUGGAAGUAGUACCACUAUACCCACCUCGGGCCGUAUUACCCCUCCGCCUCGGACGAGCACCUUGUCUGACACUCCCAGUAUGAGCCAUCAAAGCCUGAACGCCAACCUUACGUCCGAUGAUGCGAACACCAUCCACGACAGCACCGGUGCCAGCGAUGUGAUGAGCACUCCACGACAGAAAACCAAUCUAUUCACAUACCAGUCACCCAGCAAAAACAGACCUAUUUCGAGAGACAUCCAAAGUGAAAUAUACUCGUUGUCCCCAGUACGGCAAGAAUCACAAAAGUUGCUUUUAUCACCACAAAAGAAACCCAGAAACAUCUCCAAAGUUCCAUACCGUGUUCUCGAUGCUCCAGACUUACUGGACGAUUUCUACCUCAACUUGGUGGACUGGGGCCAACAAGAUAUUUUGGCGGUUGGGUUAAGCAAUAGUGUAUAUCUUUGGGACAGACUGACCCAGUCGGUCCAUCGACUCUGUCUGCUCGACAAGGAAAAGAUCACCAGUUUGAGUUGGAUCGGUUCAGGAACCCAUUUGGCUCUCGGAACCACCAAAGGAUUGGUGGAGAUCUGGGAUGCUACGAAAAUGAAGUGUAUUCGGACCAUGUCAGGACAUGGAUCUCGGGUCAGUGCACUUUCGUGGAACGAGCACAUUCUUUCUUCUGGUUCAAGAGAUCGGUCUAUAUUGAACAGAGAUGUCAGAAUAGAGCAGCACUACGUGAACAAAUUUGAGCACCAUAAACAAGAGGUUUGCGGACUCAAGUGGAAUGUCGAAGAGAAUAAGUUGGCCAGCGGGGGUAAUGAUAACAACUUGUUUGUGUGGGAAGGUUUGAACCCGACCCCAGUGCAUGAGUUCAACCAGCAUAAGGCCGCUGUGAAAGCCAUAGCGUGGUCACCACACCAACGAGGAAUCUUGGCAACCGGAGGAGGAACGGCAGAUAAAACCAUUAAGACCUGGAACACCAUCACUGGAAAUUUGCUCAAUGAUGUCAAUACUGGGUCUCAGGUGUGCAACUUAGUAUGGUCCAAGAAUUCCAAUGAGUUUGUAUCUACGCACGGUUAUUCACGGAACCAGAUUAUUGUUUGGAAAUACCCCACCAUGCAACAGAUUUGUCAACUUACCGGGCACACCUUUAGAGUCCUAUACUUAUCGUUGUCUCCGGAUGGAGAGACGAUUGUUACAGGAGCUGGAGACGAAACAUUGAGGUUCUGGAACGUGUUUGAGAAGAACAAAAUCGAUGAACCUCCGUCAUCUGUAUUGUUAGAUGCUUUCCUGCAGUUGAGAUAAUCUGGUUUAUCCUGAUGGAAGCGUUCCCAUAUGUACAUUAGUAGUUAAUAAACUUUUCAAGAGAGUCUG